UGCAUGCACCCAGUCAAACACGUCCAGGAUGGGAGAUAUUGCAGACCUGACCACAAAAACGUACGAUAUAGCAAGGCUUAUUCCACCAGGACGGGUCACUAGCUAUGGUCAUAUUGCUAAGCUUGCUGGAUAUCCUACGUACUCGAGACAUGUAGGCAAUGCUUUAAAGAUGUUACCUGCCGACUCUGAAAUACCUUGGCAGCGCGUUGUCAACUCCAAAGGAAUAAUAUCUCCUCGCGGCGAUUCGGGAUUAGGAGUUGCCAGGCAAAAGGAACGAUUAGAAGAUGAAGGUGUGGAAGUGGAGACCCUUGCAGGGGCUGGAGGCGAAAAAGUGGAUCUAAGAAGAUGGGGAUGGUUCCCGGAGACUUUACCGCAGGACGGAGAAGAAUUAUCACAACGAUAACACUUGGCGAGCAAAGCGAGCAACCACUGUUGGUGUACGGAUAGACAGGAGCAGACUUGGGUGCUCAUGGACUAAACAAGCCUUACUAUUUCACAAAUUGAAGAUAUUUUUGUUUGCCCAAUUAUCAUUACAGAGAUGUAGCCAUUACGG